UCGAUAAACACAGAACCUGUCCGAAAGAUGUGUACAUCGCAACGAAAUUUCCUGUGAUUUGACAUAUUUUACCGACAGAGUUCAGAUAGUGCAAGCUUAGAACCAAUUUGAAGAUUUGCAUUUUGGAACUGUUUCCAUUUGUUCACUUCACAUCAGUUUCAGGUCUCCUAAAAUGCCAUCCCACAAGAUCAGCCAUGGUGGUGAUGUCUCCACAGACCUCAUGGAUAGCGACAUCAGCUUUCCCCUCGCAAGAUUAUUUGACAGGUUUAAUUUGGACCAUAUUCCUGAAAAACACCGCAUGGAAGAGUUUGAACAUCGGGAUCUGGCACACAUCAAGCACUACAAGGCUGCUGUUAAGAUCUUUGGUGGACCUUUAAGUCGCAAGAGAGUUCUUAUUGCCCCACCUAUGGAAACAAUGCUUAAGCAUCGACUCGGAAUGUAUAUUGACGAAAAACCUAAACUUGCUCCCCCAACACUUAAUACUGACAUAAAACCUAAAGCACCGUAUGUAAAACCUGAACCUGAAGAGAUUGUCAUUGCUCGUCAGGCAAGGGAAAGAGAAGAUAACUACAAAUCUUGGUUCAAGGAGAGACAGAAGUUUCGGAAUGAUUUGGAAAACAUGGGACUUAAUUCUGAUUGGUUGGCAAAAAAGCCCAACAAAACUGUGCUGGAAAAACGUGUUUUGUGUCAGUUAAAAGAUGCAGAAAAUAAAACACAAACGCAAGAGGAGGACUCAAAGAGUGCCCUUGUUGACACAUUCUCUAGUGAGGAGUCUUUCAGUUCAGAAGAAAGUAGCAUUCCCAAUUUGAGAACCCCCGCUCCACUAGGACUCAAGAUUCUUGAUCAGCACUUAAAGGAAAAAAAGCUCAGACUGAUUGAUUUAUUUACCUCAACAGACAAAAACAAAGACUGGAAGAUCACACGAGAAGAAUUUAUGAAAAUUCUAGAAGAAAGGAGUAUUCCCAUAUCACGUGGACUGCUGGAGGACAUGCUGAUAUCCCUGGACAUGAAUCUAGAUGACAUGCUGGACUAUAAGGAGAUGGCGUUUGGCAUGGAGCUGGCAAGGCGCGAGAAGAGGGUAGAUCGACGCAAGCAAUUGUCACGGGAAACCACGGCAGUCAGCCAGAAAUCAGCUGUGUCAGAUUCAAACAAAAGUAAUAAACAGGACCAGAAUAACCCUCUAUCACCUGCCAGCCCAAGAACUAGGGGGCUGAAGGCUGCAAGAACACCAGGGAAUGAUGAAAAUACAUCUCAUUCCUCCCCUAAAUCUAAAAAAAUGUCAGACAAAAACGACAGCACACAUUCCAUGGCUCUUUCCAGGGUAAAAGGUUCUCAGAAAUCCAGUCAAAAUCAAAAUACAUUUGGUGAAGGGUCUGAUGCCAAAUUAGGUCAGAGUAAAACAAUGAAAUCAGGUCAGGGUGAGGAUGGGUCAAGGUCAUCCUCAAAGGCAGGGUCGCCAUCGCUACUGGAGCCUCCAUAUCCUGACAUGCGUCAGGAAAGGCUGGUCCUUAAAACAGAGGAGGAGAUGGUGGACCUCCGUAAGCGGGAUAGAGAAGGGCUGAAAGGGUACAAUGCCAAGUUGGAGGGCAUACCACCAAUCAUUCGCUCAGGUAGCAAGGCCAUAGACAACCACUCUCUGCAGUCCACACUUGACGGGGAACUGGCACCCAUGGUGGACAAGUUCAGACAGAAACGUCUCCAGGAGUACUUUUCCAUCAAACAGCUUUGUCAGACAAACGAUGUGGUCCUCUCAGAAAAACUGCUGGAGCGAGUGCUUCUGUACCCGCCCGAGAAGCCUCACAGCUCAAUUAGGAAGGUGCGUGCCCCAGACUCCGCCCCCCUCAUUACCUCGACCUUUGCUGACCCACCAAAGCGACCCCGCACGCCCAUAGAAGUCAAACACAAGGACAAAGUGAGACGUUCAAAGAGUGGGAAGCUGUUGAUUGAUAGUCGACACAAGUACCCGUCCAGCAAGAAAGUGUCUGCAGACGCCUACAAGCAGACGCUGUCCACGGGGCGAGCAGUGAUACGCCGCAAAGUGGACUGUUGGAUGACAUUUGAGGAGUACGAACAUCUCACUAGAAAACUUGCUGUGCGUUAUCAACACCUGCACGGCACCUCCGGUCACAACGCUUUCUGGCCCGGACACCUGCUGGAUAAGCUGCGUCUGUGCAUGCCGCCUUACGACAGACCACAAGCCCGUGACCAGGAGGCGGCCAUCUUCACACACAAACAUCGAACACCGGCGGUCAACUACGGAUAUGAACCCAACGAUGUCUGGAAAACAAACAGUGACAUGUACACACAGAUUGGAAUUCAUGAUCAUUUUAAAAAUAAAACACUGAUUUGAAUUCUGUCAGUGGAAGUUAGUUUAAACAAGGAAUUUGUGCACAAUUGUUUUUAAAGUGUUAUUGUUAUUGUUAAUAUUUAGUGAUGUUUAAGUUGUUUUUGUAUGAACCAAUGAUGCUGUGAUAAAAUACUGUGAUGUAU